GUCGCAUGCUCUCAGCAUCUCUACUUCAUCCGCGCGCUGUUACCAGCCAUGAACUCUGCUAGUGGCACGCCAUACUUUCCGCCUCCUCCAGGGCAAUUCGGGCGCCUGCCUCCUCAGCCUCCAUUCCGGCCACAGCAGCAUGCUCCCCCGUACACGCAGCAAGCGUAUCCGCCCUCUCAGAUCGCCUCAGAGUACGUCCCGACACGCUCGGCUGGGCCUGUGCCUGGUUCGUACUGUGCCGCCCAGAAACCUCCUCUCUCAGCUGCCCCCGGACAGAAGCCCCAGCAAGUUCAUGGAUAUGCCCCAUACGGACCUAUUCCGGGACUGGUAGCUGGCGGCACUGCUCCAGGGCCGGUCGCACAGAGUCACUCAAUCCCGGCGCCAGCUAUUCACACGGCAGGGACAUGGCCCCAGGCAGUGCCUGCUAUGGCACCAGGAAAUAUGCCUCCGCCCCCGCCAGGACCUCCGCCGCCGGCAUCAGCGCAACAUGAGCAGCAGAAUGCAGGCUACGCGCCUUCGCCCACCACUUACAGCGUAGCAUAUGUGCCUUCACCCAUGUCCUCGGUCUCCUCGCCCGUUCAUGGGUUCGGCUCAAUCGUGCGACCACCAAUGGCCGCGUCGGCUUGCGUACCACCUUGUGACACGCCACAGGUGCCGUUCCAGCUCCCAUAUACCCAGACAUUCACUGUGUCUGGCCAUUCAGCUCCAGCCCCAAUUCCUUCUCCCGUGGAAAGCACCAGCAAUGCCUCGGGAGGCUUUGGAGCGACUCAAUACAGGCCGGACCCAGUCCUGGCAAUGACCACGUUGACCAAUAUCAGCAUGCAACCUGUUGAUGGGGUCGGACGCCCGGCGGCCCAGAACCAGUCAGCGCAGCCUACACAUCACCCGUACCAUUUCGCUGUCACGGAGACCCAACCAGCGCCCAGACCGAUGGCUACACCAACUGUUGAGAGCGCCCAAACAGCCUAUGGGGGCUGGCCGGCAUCUCUGUCGGUGCUGGACAUGGCCAGAUUCUUACCAUGUCCCACCUCCGCAGCCGCAAGGACUGAUUGCAAGCCACCGCAAACAAUCUGCCAAUCUGCCAGCGCGGUCGUAAGCCCCCUCGUCCAAGGGAACAGCUACUACGAACUGGCAGGAGAAGAUAUAUGUCCGCCCGCACACAUUAAGCCGGCCCCGCAGAAGACCGGCGCGAUGGUAACGCCCCUUGUGGAAGAGAAUAGAUACCACGAACUGGCAGGAAAGGAUAUUUAUCCGCCCGCACAUAUUCAACCGGCUUCGCAGAAGACCAGAGCGGUUGCAAACCCCUUUAUGGAAGAGAAUAGCUACCACGAACUGGCAGGAGAGGAUGUGUGUCCACCCGCACACAUUGAACUGCCCUCGCAAAAGACCAUCGCAGCGGCUCCGGAGAAUGCUGUCGAUACUCACGCCGGUGUGCGCCCGGCGACUUGGUUGAUACCUGGGCUGGGGAAGGAGAUUUCCAAGCACUUCAACGAAGGGCCUCAGACGAGGUGAAUGGGAAGUGAGGCCAACUCCUAGUCUCGGAGGGCACCUAUGGCAGUCCGCAGACUAUACCCAGGUGUAAGAUAGAAUACAUGGGCAAUAGGGUUUCCAAGAAUGUGCAUAGCAGCCGUUUGCACUGCUUGAUAUCCCAGCAUGAAGCUCUCUAGCUCACCCGCCAUGUCGUUCUUCUCGCUGUCUCCCUCCCCGUCUUCGUCUUGCUUGCUCGUUUCUCUCACGUUCCCGCCUGCUUGGCCCGGCUCGCC